GUUUACUUUUUGUGUUAGCGCGUGUACUUGCUUGCACAGCUACUUGUUUUUCUUUUGUUUUUUUUGGGUUUGAGGUAUUUUGUUACAUUUUUUGAAAGCACCUUAAUUGUACCUAUUAUUAUUUUCCUAUUAUUAUUGUUAUUGUUUUUUCUGCUUACAACACAAUUGCGCGGCUUGAUAAAAUAAAUUGACAAUAUACCUAUUGUUUGCAAGCACACCCACAAAUACAAAUACGCACCUGCUUGUUUGCGCCCUGCCUCUUGUUCACCUUUGAAGCAUGGCUACUUCAAUACAAGGCUAUCCAAUGUCGUACGUUGCAGACGGCGUAAGACUGCUUUCGCUCUCAAAGUUGGAUUUCAUGCAAUUGCAGGAUAUCUCGUCACGCAUCAAGGCAAUGGACGAGCUCGUUUGCAAACUGAUGCGUGGCGCAAUGGCUGGCAGCCCCACAGAGCAGUCCCUCCAAAGGACCUCCUCGUUGUCAGAGCAGGACCGGCUAUUUGACUGCCUCAGAAUCCAGAUCGAGGACACGCAGGGCAUACUCAGCGAAUACCUGCUGUCCCUGCCGGGCGCUGCCUCUCAUCCAGCGCUCAGCAACAUAUUCCGCGCCAUGACUAUUUCAAACAGCAGGCUAAUGGACUCGCGGACCACGUAUCCUGAUAUUCCUGGGCGCGGUCGUAGCCGCAGCCGCAGCAGCACGCAGGGAAGCCAGGACUCUGCGAGCUACCGCAUGCAGCGCUCGCCAAGCUCUUUUGCCACCCAGGCUCAGCCCGAUCCGUCAACCCCUUCACACUACAGCUCUGCCACAAUGCCGGCCGUUCCAAAGUUUAGCAACGUCGAGUCCAAAUCCAAAUACAACGACAAAAAGAUGAGAUUGCCGAUUCCCGAUAUCAUGAACCCGCGGAAGGCGCUCGAUGGGGCCAUAUCGACGCGGGCCAUGUCAGUUUCGAGCGCAAUCGAGCAGACCAUUGCAAGGACGUGGCGGGACUCGCAAAUCAAGUAUGCGGCGGCCAAACCAAUUGAUGAGGUGUUUGCUUGCCUGGGUGAACGAUACGUUUCGCCGCUGGGGGAGCGCAUGCCGCAUAUCCCCGUUCGCGAGCUGAACGUCACUACAGGCGCCCCGGUUUCUGCUGUCGAUCUGGCAAACGAUCUUUUGCGCUCGAGCCUUGACGAGAACGAGGCAUCAAUAUUUAUCAAGCAAAUCGAGGCCUUGCCUCCGGGAAUCGUCGCUUGUGCUAUUGCCAACUCUACUAGCCAACUGUUCCAGCAGCUGACCAAAGAAUCCAUCAUACAGUAUGCUAGCUCUGGCCUGCCGUCUCAGUCGCCCGGAUCAGCACCCAACUCUUUGAGCGCGGAGCAGCCUAUUUUGCGCAUGCUGAGCGACCAUGCCAACUUCCUUUCUCGGCUGAUGGAGACGAGCAUCAUAUAUCCGAUACAGGCAAGUCAGCGCGCAAAGCGCAUCGAGUGGUGGACCGUGGUAAUAUGCCUGAUACGCGAGCUAGGCGACUACGAGUCGCUUAAUAGCUUAGUGUGCGUGUUCUCGAGCGCCACCAUUCUCCGGCUACAUAAUACCUGGGAGCUAGUGCCAGCCUCCUGCAGUGCCGCCAUUCAGUUUAUCACCAACAACGCGCUCAAGGCACACCCCAACUACGCCAAUUAUCGCAAGGAGAUGCAGCUGCGAAUCAAGCGCUUGCAGAAGAAUACAAAAACUGCCAGCGGCAACACGAACUUGGCAUAUAUAUCGUCGAUUAUCAACCAGAUGCAUGCUGAGGCCGAUGAGACGUCUCUGGACUUUGACAGUGCCAUUGCCAUCAGCACUCCCGAUCUGUGCUCAUCCAACGACGAAUACGAGAGAAGUUGUGUAUACUGUAAGGAAGGAUUUGACCUGCCGUCGCCGCGGGCACUCGUGCCUAUAGUCGCUGUUUUGCUGAAGGACGCUGUGACCGCCGGGGUGGCAUCGGCUUCAACAUCCCCAAUACAGGCAAACUCUGCCAACCGGCCUGGCGUGGCCCAGUGGGCUACUGUGUUUGGGAGCUGCUCGAACCAAAGGCUGCCUAUUAGCUUGGAUCCCCCGAUGAUUAGGCGCAUUUUCGCUACCGAGCUAUCUUCGCUGCCGUCGCUCAACGCACCGAUUACUCAAGGCGCCGUAUCUAGGUCCAAGACGACAACCGCCAACAUUCUCAAGCGCAUGCCGCGCCGCCAAUCAAAUUUAUCUGAUAGCACCGUCAGGGAGCUAUCGGGCUCACAUUGUCGCUUUUUUGUUAACAAAUCAGUCUCGCCGACCAUAUUUGACAUGCUGGCGCACUUUCUGUUUGUGGCCUGCAACAAGCCGUGCUUCAAUUGCCAUAUUGGAUUGCCGUUGGAUUCGCUGCACAUGUCGAGCAGUGGACAAUUUGCGGUUUUGGUCACCGCGCUGCUGAUAUUUGCAGAGCCGUGGAUGCCUAGCGUGCACCUGUCGCGUCUGUCCGAUAUGCGAGAGCCCAGGCAGCCUGUACAAUCAUACGCGCUAAAGUCGCCAGGGCAAACAUCUACGGGCGCUGCAUCAACACAGUCUGGCGUAACUGCGCGGCAUCCCUUGGGCAGCCCCUCGCAAGGGUAUGAGAGCCGUUCCAAUGAGCGCCCAUCCAUUACAGCAUUCAGGAUUGACGAUUCAGCGGACUCGGACAGGUACUCAAAGUCCAAGCAUGGCAUUCCUUUGCCAAUUGACUUAGCGCAAAAGAGGUCCAGUGAUAGCGAGUAUGCAUACGUGUAUUACUCACACUCGCCGAUUACCAGCCCGUACAGCUACGUCGAAUUUGUUUCGGGUGCUGACCAGAGCCAAAGCAGCCGGACGAGCAGCGAAAUGACAGCGGCAAACUCCCUCACGGACAGCUCGAAUCGACUGCCGGAAAGCGCAAAUAACGGCCAGAUCCAAGUUGGCGGUGGGUACACAAUGGAACCUCAGCACCACCAAGGUUCUUUUAAUCCUCCGCCCCUACCAUUGUCAGAGAUGCCCACAUGGUUACCCGCCAACCACAGCGUAGCUAGGUCUCCAAAGAUACUGCUAAAGUCGCUGCGAAACGAUGGACCACCUGUACCUAUCACACCGCCGCUGCAGGCACGACAGAUGCCGAGAUUAUAUCCCAACAGAGGGGACGUGCACAACACAUCGCAAAUGCCGCUACUCCUGCCAACCGCUAACAUACCACCCCUGCCAAAUUCGACUGCAUCGACCUUAGCAGGAUAUACCCAGCCCAUUUCAGCGAUGCCCGAAUGUUACUGGGCUUCAAUGCAAUGCCAAAAUCUCACUAAACUUUUUUAUUGCCCAUUGUUGCAAUUCCAAUAUCAUUGGGUGGCUCUGUGUGUCAGCAAGGUGGUGAGAAAGUAAUACUAUUUUAAUAUGAUAAUUAUAAUAAUAAAACGAAUU